AAUAAAAUCUGAGUGAUCCCUGAAAGUAGACUUUGAUUUGAGCAGAAGGACGAGCUGAAAAGAAGCUGCAACAAUGGCUGUGGCGGGCUGUACGAAAUGCAUAAAAUAUAUGUUAUUCUUCUUUAAUUUUAUUUUCUGGCUGGCCGGAGGUGUGAUCUUAGGAGUGGCCCUGUGGUUACGCCAUGACAGUCAAACCAGCAACCUCCUCAUACUUCAGUUUGAAGGCCAGCAGGCGCCGAGCACCUUUUACAUCAGCGUCUACAUACUGAUCGCUGUCGGAGCUGUCAUGAUGCUUGUGGGAUUCUUGGGAUGUUACGGUGCCAUUCAGGAAUCUCAGUGUCUGUUAGGAACGUUUUUCUUCUUUUUGGUGAUCCUCUUUGCCUGUGAAGUGGCUGCGGCUAUCUGGGGCUUCAUGAACAGGGACACUAUGUCCAAAGAGCUGAUUAAUUUCUAUGACGCUGCGUACAUCAAGGCUGUGGAUGUCACGGGGUCCCCAAGUAAAGACGCAGCCAUCGGUGUGCUGGGUGCGUUCCACACCACGCUAAACUGCUGUGGGAAAGGCGACGACACUCUUCUGUUCAUGCAAGUCCGCGCCACCUUGUGUCCCUCAGGAAUACUUUCCGCGCCAAAACCCAAGAGCUGCCACAGUGAACUCGUCACUCUGUUCUCCGAGAAGCUCCACCUCAUCGGCCUGGCCGCCUUGGUGGUUGCCGUCAUCAUGAUCUUUGAGAUGAUCUUCACCAUGGUGCUCUGCUGUGGGAUUCGCAACAGCCCAGGAGUUUACUAAGCGUUUAAAGGCCAGCAGAAAACCACAGCAGCUGAUACCAGAGGGAUCUGUUUCUGUGCUACUGAAAGCACAACAUGUAUAUUAUCCUAUUUACUAUAGAUUAGAUCAUUUAUAUAUUACUCAUCUGUCAUUACUUUCAUUUUGACAGUAACUGACCUGUUAUUGUUUUCUUUUAUCCCUUCAGUCUGUUGGAAAAUGUUUCUCUAGCAGGGUUUCUGGGUGUGUAAUAUGUAUAUAAACGUAUUGUUUAUUAGAAAGGAGAAUGCAUGUGUAUGCGUGCGCUCGUGUGUGUGUGUGUGUGUGUGUUUGUGUGUGUGUGUGCGUGUGUGUGCGUGCGUGCGUGCGUGCGUGCGUGCGUGUGCGUGUGCGUGUGUGUGUGUGUGUGUGUGUGUGUGUGUGUGUGUGUGUGUGUGUGUGUGUGUGUGUGUGUGUGUGUGUGCUAACUGGGUAGUUGUUUGUGUUGUAUCUCGCUGCAGGGUGACUGUUAUUUAUUCUGCAGUGUUUCUGGGAUCAGUAAGGAGGUUUUUACUGGACCGUGUGUGUCUUCUAACCUAAAGAAAAAAAUCAUGCUCUCACAUUUGGUAACUUGUGAAUCUUCCCAGAACAAAUAGAGGCAAAACUUUUAAAUUUUCUGCUUUUUUUAAGAAUCCUAAUAAAUUAAACCAACUGUCAUAUAUAAGUGUUUAACUGUGAUUUUU